GAUCCCGGAAAAUAGUUUCCUCAGUUUCCCUCGGUCAGGAAUCACACUAGGUAGGCGACAUUUUCCAGGGCAGGUAGACAGUUGUGAACAUCUCGACCUGAGAAGAGCCUUCUUUUCAAAACUGCAGGAGAAGUUUCUCUCCUGUUAGAUCUCACCUGCGUGGAGUUUUUAUUUUUUUUUUAUUUUGGUGCGAGCAGGUUGAAUUGGUUUACAAGCAGACGGAUUUGUGUCUUGACGACCAGGCCUUCAGUUUCACCUCGACAAACAGCCUGUGGGCGGCUUACAACAACUUCUACAAGUCAAAGAAAUAAUCAAGAAGAGGAGACGUUUGGGGGGGGAAAGGAGUGGUUCAGGUGUUUUUGGUAUUUUUUUGUUUUAAUUUGAGCAGUCUUGUCAGGACAUGGACAGUGACAUGAGAUACACCCCGAAGUCGGACAGAGACUGGGACACCUCUGUCCAGUUCCUGCCAGCUUCAGAUAACAAAAAGCUUGAGAAGAAAAAGGGUCCGGGGAAAGUUGGGGCUGUGAUCGGAGCGGUGGUCUUCGCUGCGGUUAUUGCUCUCAUGACCGGACUGCUGGUCUGGCAUUUCCACUUCCGUAAAGAUGUGCGGGUCAAGAAGAUGUACAGCGGCUCCAUGCGGAUCACCAACCAGGUGUUUGAAGACGCCUACGAGAAUGCCAACAGCUCUGAGUUCAAGGCACUAGCUGACCAGGUGACUUCCCAGCUUAAAGUCAUCUACUCUAAAAGUCCACAGUUGUCCAAAUACUAUGUUGGUUCUAUAGUCCAGGCUUUCAGUGAAGGUAGUGUUAUUGCCUACUACCUGUCUGAGUUCAGCGUCCCGGCUGGCCAGGGUGCAGCUGUGGACAAAGCCAUGUCUUCAAUGGACAAGCUAGUGGACAAAGAGCAGCGCUCCCUGCACAGACCAAGCAACACUCUGGUCUUUGAUGAUGUGGUGUCUUCAGCACUUGAUACACGAUUGACUUCAACAACAUUUAGCAAUUUUUACAACUUUGCAGAACAUGCAAGGACCAAUACAAUUGACCAGAUCCAGUCCCCCGGCUUCCCUGACCGUCCUUAUCCCAGCAACACCUUCAUCCAGUGGCGUCUGAGAGCAGACCCCAACUACGUCAUCAAGCUCGACUUCGACACGAUGAAUCUGGAAGAAGACUGCAAGAAGGACUUUGUCAAAAUCUACGACUCCUUGGUGGCUAUUGAGAGCCGCGUUAUGGAAGAGAUGUGUGGGUACUACUCACCGAGUGAACCACUGACCUUCCUUUCUUCGAGGAAUGUCAUGCUGGUGACAAUGGCCACAAAUGACCAGAAGAACUUCCCAGGUUUUAGAGCUCAAGUGUCACAAGUCAAACGUGGAAGUAAAGGUACUACAUGUGGUGGCCAGCUUACAGGUGAAAAAGGAAGCUUCACAUCCCCUAACUUCCCAAAUUACUAUCCUCCUCGGACUCUUUGUCAGUGGAUAAUCGAGGUCCCUGAUCGUAAGGUCGUGAAGCUGACGUUUAAAAAGUUCCUCUUGUCCGAGCCCGGGCAGGAAAACGUGAAGGGCUGUCCCAAAGACUAUGUGGAGAUCAAUGGAAAGAAGUAUUGUGGGGAACAGCCUGAUGGAACGGUGACUGAAACCAGUGUGACCAACCAAAUGGAGGUGAGAUUUCGCUCGGAUUCCUCCUAUGUGGACCGAGGUUUUGAUGCAGAGUUCGAGGCCGUUGACGUCACAGACCCUUGUCGAAAGCAGUUCGAGUGCAGGAAUCGGCGCUGUGUGAAGUUGGAUCUCAGGUGUGACGGAUGGAAUGACUGUGGAGACAUGAGCGAUGAAUUAAACUGCAAGUGCAGUACAAAGAGCAUUUCUUGUGCGAAUGGAUUAUGUAAGCCCAUGUUCUGGAAAUGUGAUGGUGUCGAUGACUGUGGAGACCGCACAGAUGAAAAAGACUGUGGUGGAUGUAAAUCUGGAGAGAUAACAUGCAAGAAUAACAAAUGUGUUUCUGAGAAGAAGCGCUGUGACGGCAGAGACGACUGCGGCGAUGCAUCAGACGAGCUCGACUGCGGGAGAACCUCUGGUACUCGCUGCACUGAUCUGACAUAUAAAUGCAAAGACAAUAAAUGCAUCGAUAAAGUAAACCCCGAAUGUGACGGGACACGGGACUGUGAAGACGGAUCUGAUGAGGAGAACUGCGACUGCGGGAGGAGUAUGUUCAAGACGUCGCGUAUUGUGGGCGGUCAGGAUGCAGAGGAAGGAGAGUUUCCCUGGCAAGUCAGCCUCCAUGUCAAAAAUUACGGUCAUGUGUGUGGAGCGUCCAUCAUCAGUCCCCGCUGGCUGGUCACCGCUGCCCACUGUGUGCAAGAUGACGGCAAGACGAGAUAUUCCCAGCCGGGCACGUGGGAAGCUUACCUCGGUCUGCACACGCAGCGAAACAUUGGGAGCCGUGUGGUGAAGAGGAAUCUGAAGCAGGUCAUAUACCACCCGAACUACAAUGCAUACACCUUUGACAAUGACAUCGCCCUGAUGGAGCUGGACAGUCCUGUCACCUACUCCGACUACAUCAGGCCCAUCUGCUUACCUGCUCCCCAACAUGAUUUUCCAACUGGUAACACCGUGUGGAUCACCGGGUGGGGCGCUACAAGAGAAGGAGGAUUUGCUGCAAAAGUUCUCCAGAAGGCCCAGGUUCGCAUCAUUAACCCCUCGGUGUGUGACGAUUUGAUGGGCGGGCAGAUCACAUCCCGGAUGAUGUGUGCUGGAGUACUGAGUGGAGGAGUGGAUGCUUGUCAGGGGGACUCUGGGGGUCCUCUGUCCAGUCCGGCCGGCACUCGUAUGUUCUUGGCAGGAGUGGUCAGUUGGGGAGAUGGCUGUGCCCGCAGGAACAAACCUGGCAUCUACACAAGGGUCACCAAAUACCGCGGCUGGAUCAAAGAAAAGACAGGAGUGUAGUUUGCUGCAGAAUAUGGACAUGAACAUAGACUAAUAAAGAGUUCUACUGUACAGAUUUGGACUCCAGUAAAACACCAUUUUGACUUUCCAGCUGAUGUUGUGGCUGUGACUUCGGUCAGGAAAAUCCAUUGUUCUCUUGAAGAGCAGAUUAUGUCCUCUGCUGUUUGAGGAGGAUGUUAUUAAUGAUUUUUAAAAAUGUAAAUAGGUGUUUUUAUUUUUGUGUUUUUUGUUUGUUUUUAUCUCUUUAUUGUUGUGGUCUAAUUUGUCUUUUCGAUGGAGAAUUAUGUUAUAUGCUGCACAAGCAAUCGAUUUAAGCUGUCCUUGUUACACAUGUAGACAUGAUAUGUGCAUCCUAUGUCCUGUGUGUUAUCAGUAGCCGUCACAAGAAUAUCCCACCUAUUUUUCCUUGUUGUCUUUGCUCUGAAUUUUAUGAAUUAGAAACAAAGUGACAGCAAGCUAAUUCCAUCCUACCUCCUAUGGCUUGGUAUCUUAUGCAUUUUAGAACAGAUUUUUAGAAAUCCCUGAAGGUUACUGAUGUGAUUGAUGACUUUUUUAGAGCUUUGCCCUUAUUAUUAUGAAUUGCAUUUUAUUUUACUGAUGUGAGCUGCAUUUCUAAGAUCAAAUACAGUGUGCAGUAAUAGGUUUUGUUUGAUGAGUUUAACAUGAUCCACAUCUAUUCAACACAAUGUUAGUAAAUUCCCUCUAGGUUAAACUCUGUAAAUGUGUAUUUUAUAGCAGAUGUUUUUAAAUAAAGUAUUUCUAAUAUAA